ACCCCCCAAACAACGCAAUCAAAAGCCGACGCCACCUAAAGCAACAGCGAUCAACACCUGCCAUAAAAAACAAUUAUGGGUUUCUAAUACUGAUGUGAAAAUCGAGAUUUUGUAGCUCCCCUUUGUGUUUGUGUCCGCUGCUUUUAAGAAUUUUCUCCUCACCCAAUCUCUCCUCAUUCACAUCUCUCAAUCUUCCCUUCUCUUUCGCUCUUUCCUUUUAAUUUCUCCAUACCAUUUUCAUUUUAUAGUGUUCUACUCACAAUCCUGUCGUCCGGUUCUGGAUUUUCGCUUUCUGAUUCUCUGUUGCUGAAGCCGCCAUUUGGGUUUUUGUUUUUUUUGGAUGAUUAUGGCGGAGGUGUGUGUUAUAUGACUUGGUGGAGGGUGGAAGGGAGGGAGUUUCUGAUUGUUUGCAACUCUUCUUGGAUAUAAAGCGUCUUUGCUUUCUGUGGGGAUGAUGGCUGUGACCUCCAGCUGCAAGGAUGCUGCUAGCAUGGAUAAUGGCAAAUAUGUUAGGUACACACCUGAGCAAGUCGAAGCUCUUGAGAGGCUUUAUUAUGAUUGCCCAAAACCCAGUUCUAUGCGCCGCCAGCAGCUCAUCAGGGAGUGCCCAAUUCUCUCCAAUAUCGAACCCAAGCAGAUCAAAGUUUGGUUCCAAAAUCGGAGAUGUAGAGAGAAACAGAGGAAGGAAUCAUCACGCCUGCAGACUGUGAACAGGAAGCUGACGGCUAUGAAUAGACUCCUAAUGGAGGAAAAUGAUAGGCUGCAGAAACAGGUGUCACAGCUUGUGUAUGAGAACAGCUAUUUUCGUCAACAGACCCAGAAUGCGACCCUAGCCACCACUGACACGAGUUGUGAGUCAGUGGUUACAAGUGGUCAACAGAAUUUGACCCCGCCGCAUCCUCCAAAGGAUGCCAGUCCCGCAGGACUUUUGUCCAUUGCGGAGGAGACUUUAGCAGAGUUUCUUUCAAAGGCUACUGGAACUGCUGUGGAGUGGGUCCAAAUGCCUGGGAUGAAGCCUGGUCCGGAUUCCAUUGGAAUCGUUGCUAUUUCUCAUGGCUGCACUGGAGUUGCAGCUCGUGCGUGUGGACUUGUGGGUCUUGAACCUACAAGAGUGGCUGAAAUUCUUAAAGAUUGGCCUUCUUGGUAUCGCGAUUGCCGUGCUGUUGACGUUCUAAACGCCCUAUCUACUGGAAAUGGAGGAACCAUUGAGCUUCUUUAUAUGCAGCUCUAUGCGCCUACUACUCUGGCACCUGCUCGUGAUUUCUGGCUGCUGCGAUACACAUCUGUUUUGGAGGAUGGUAGUCUUGUGGUAUGUGAAAGAUCUCUUAACAAUACUCAGAAUGGUCCAAGUAUGCCUCCAGUACAAAACUUUGUAAGAGCAGAAAUGCUACCUAGUGGAUAUUUGAUAAGACCUUGUGAAGGCGGUGGAUCAAUAAUUCAUAUAGUUGAUCACAUGGAUUUAGAUCCUUGGAGCGUGCCUGAAGUGUUGCGGCCAUUAUACAAGUCAUCUACUCUGCUUGCUCAGAAGAACACAAUGGCAGCAUUACGCUUGUUGAGACAGAUUUCACAAGAAGUUUCUCAACCAAAUGGUACUGGUUGGGGAAGACGACCUGCUGCUCUUCGCGCUCUUAGUCAGAGAUUGAGCAGAGGUUUCAACGAAGCAGUAAACGGGUUUACAGAUGAGGGAUGGUCUUUGUUAGAAAACGACGGCAUUGAUGAUGUUACACUUCUUGUAAACAUGUCUAAUGGCAAGACAAUGAUGGGUGCAAAUAUUUCAUAUAAUAAUGGCUUUCCAUCUAUGAGCAACGCAGUUCUUUGUGCCAAAGCAUCGAUGUUAUUACAGAAUGUCACUCCAGCAAUGCUCAUUAGGUUCUUGAGAGAACACCGGUCAGAAUGGGCAGACACCAGUAUUGAUGCUUACUCAGCUGCAGCAAUUAAGACUGGUCAGUGUGGUUUACCAGGGUCUCAUGCUGGAACUUUUGGGGGUCAGGUCACUCUUCCCUUGGCACAAACGGUUGAGCAUGAAGAGUUUAUGGAAGUUCUUAAAUUUGAAAACGUGGGCCACUAUAGGGAUGAUAUGCUCAUGUCUGGUGACAUCUUCCUCCUCCAACUUUGCAAUGGCGUGGAAGAGAAUGCAGUAGGAACUUCUGCUGAACUCAUCUUUGCUCCCAUUGAUGCCUCUUUUUCUGAUGAUGCACCCAUUUUAGCAUCUGGCUUCCGCAUCAUCCCUCUUGAUUCUGGAAUGGAUGCUUCAAGUCCAAACCGCACGCUUGAUCUUGCUUCAGCUCUUGAUGUCGGACCGGCAGGGAAUAGAGCUGCUGGUGAUUAUGCUUGUCAAUCAGGAAAAUCCAAAUCUGUGAUGACAAUUGCAUUCCAAUUUGUAUUUGAUGUUCAUCUUCAAGAUAAUGUAGCAGCAAUGGCACGGCAGUAUGUCCGAAGCAUUAUAGCAUCUGUUCAGAAAGUGGCACUGGCUCUUUCCCCUUCGAAUGUCGGUCCUCAUGCUAACCUUCAGACACCAGCUGGUGCUCCUGAAGCACAAACACUUGCUCGUUGGAUCUGUCAAAGCUAUAGGUGCUACAUGGGCAUGGACUUACUGAAAAAUGAAGGAAGAGAACCCAUUCUCAAAUCCCUUUGGCAUCACUUAGAUGCAGUCAUGUGCUGCUCUUUAAAGGCUUUGCCAAAUUUUACAUUUGCAAAUCAAUCUGGGCUUGACAUGCUUGAGACAACCUUGGUGGCUCUGCAAGACAUUACUCUAGAGAAGAUUUUUGAUGACAAUGGAAAGAAAACUUUAGACACAGAGUUCCCACGGAUAAUGCAGCAGGGGUUCCUUUGUCUUCAAGGGGGUGUAUGCUUAUCAAGCAUGGGAAGGGCAGUGUCAUAUGAGAAAGCUGUGGCUUGGAAGGUUUUGAAUGAAGAAGAAAACGCUCACUGUAUUUGUUUCAUGUUUAUGAACUGGUCCUUUGUUUGAAACGCUUAGUCAGGUAGUAGGAAUAUGACAAAUAGGCUAGAUCAGAUUUUCCUGUAAGAUCUCAGAAACAAUGAAAAUAACCAAGAACUAAAUGAACGAGCAUAUUGCCCCUAAUGGCUCUUUUCGCCCC